AACGAAUCUCGAUUGAACUAUUGAUGGUUAUGGAAGAGAAGACAUCAUGCAACGGAACCCACCAGGGAGAUUUGUGGGAAGAUAAGCGUAGCUUGCGAGUGAGGGGCCGGGAAAAAAUUUGGUCGCGACAAGAGGAAAAGCAAAAAAAUAUAAGAGGAAAAAACACAAAAGCGUGCCUAGUAGUGUUGAAUUUGUCAAAGCGGGGGGUUGUAUUGUGGGCAAUCGUCCCAGGGAGGCAAGGAAUGGGCAAUCUCAAGUGUCCGGCGGCACGGGAGUCUGACAUGCUCGGCUGACUCACGUAGGCAAUUUAGCAGGAUUUGCCUCAGAACGCGCGGUAACUAUCUUCGUUGCUUCUUUCGCGCGUAUAUAGUCUUCUCGGUGGAGUCUUCCGGUGUCCGAGGGUUCAACUGCCACAGAGAAGAAUUUGUGAGGAAGAGUGAAGAAGAGGAGGAGAGCGAGUGCGGGAGUGGAAGCAGCAGUUGCCGUGGAAGAAGGAUAAUACCGCUGUUUCAGUUCCCUACCGAUUGCUUUGUAGCCACUCUUCGUACUCUGCUGUUGUUUGUUUUUGGUGGUGCGCUCCGUGGGGAAGUGUGAGAUUCAUGCAGAUCGUCAUCGCUUGCAAGAAGGGUUGCACCCUGGGUGUCAUGUGUAGAGUCGGCGCUUCUGUCUGGCGCUAACGGUGGAUAAUUCUAAUCACUUACAGAUACCGUAUUAUUAAGGAUAAGUCAGUUGAGAGGCGUGUACCUCCACAAUGGCCGCUACGAACAUGCUCAACACGUUGCCACUGACCUCCAAGAAGUCCACCGUCGGACUCCCCCAUAAUAACGCUGUAGCUGCCCCCAGUCUCAGCCUGACGAAGCUGAAGCGCAUGCCGCACUUAUUCACCCGCGUCCUGGAGCUUCCCUUACACGCCGAGACGCCCGUGAAGGUUUUCGAAUUGCGCGACUUCUUCUUAUUUGAAGUGCAGCUGUCAGAGUUAGCCGUGGGUGACGUGAAAGUUGAAGUACUAGAGAUUGUGCCUGGCGCAACCAAGGUUCUUGUGCGCGGAGUUGAACCCACCUCGCCGGUCGUGGAAUUUUGGCGUUUUCGGUUGCCUCCUACGACGCUUCCUGAGAAGUCAGCCGCGAGCUAUGAUCGUGGCACCCUGUCUGUGACGAUUCCGAAGGUUUUGGUCCCUUGUAGCGAAGAUCGGAAUGGAGAGAAUGGAAAUGGCAACUCGGAUACCUCACUAAGCCACGACGCUGACGAAAGCGCCAAAGUCGUCCAAGAGACUCAACCAUUCCACGAUCACUUGGACACAGCUAUGGAUCAAUUUGAGACCGAUGAAGAGAAAAUGCAACGAGAGGUGUUGGAAGAUCUUGAAAGCUUCGGAAGUCCUAGGAGAGCUCGUUACUCGCCAUGCACCAGCCGAAGCUCCAUCCCUCAACCGGCAAAGUCGUACACUGAUCCCGAGAAAAUUCAAGAGGUGCUUGACGAUCUGGAAUGCUUUGGCAGUCCAAGGCGGCGCCGAAGCGUGAGCUGUACACAAUCCUUUGCGCAACAAAGUGGGGGUGCUCACCAAGACUUCUUCCGGAGUGUGGGAUCGUGGGUGGGUGGUUUCUCCGUCUAUGUGCAAUAGCAUGCUGCUAAGCCUUCGAAGGUGAUGAGAUCAUUUGAAAAUUUUCCAGGAGCUACUUGCAAGAACCCAUUUGAACUCUUACAAGUAACCGUUUUGAAGCUCUUCAUUGCCUGAGGGGCUGUUAAGUUAGGAUAGCACUGCUGUACAAUUUUAAAUCUUAGACAACUUGUAAGAUAUAGAGGAGGCUAGCAUUUCCCUAGGGUUAUCUGCCAUGCCUCAGUGCACCAAGCUCAGGAGGAGCCGAGUUGUAUUCGGUUGCUCAUUUGAAGCGGGAAGGUUGGCAGGGAAUUAUGAGCUUCUAGUAUAGGUGGAACUAAACUGGUGUUUUGGCGUUACCUUGGAUGAUGUAAAUGACGAGGUUUACUUAGAGCAGACACUUCGAAGUUCUAAACUUUUCUGUGUGUCGCUCGAGUAUUUCUACGUUUCCGAUGCA